GUCUUUACCUUCUGGCCACUGGAGAUAGAUAUCAGCUCCCGCCCCGCCUCUGCUGUCAUCUUACAUCUGAUGCAUCUUUUCCUCUUUACGAUUUGAUUAAAAACUCAUGCUGACACAGGAGACAGGAGACCGGGGACGGCACCUUGAAAGCAGUCCUCCAAACCGUUGCUCUGUUUCAGUGUCAGUCACCAUUCUGUACAAGUGACCCAUGAGUAAGUGACUCAGUCAAAUCCAGUUUGCUUCCCCCAUGCUGCACUGACUUUCUGCGUUCACUCCCAUUCAUCCUGAAAGCCUUAAAAACAGAAACAGCAUCACUUAGGCUCAGAGUUUUCUUUGGGUUGGAUGAGUUGCUUGGCUAUGAAGCACCAAAACCUUCAAGAACCAGCGGUUUGCUGAGUGUUCUGGUGAGAUAAUGGCCAGUCCUGUCCGAAUCCAGUCAGACAGCGCUGUUCUUCAGCCGCCGCACUCCACAGGCUUCACCGAGAGCUCGCUGGCCCUUCUCAAGCGAGAAGAUGGCUUGGAGAUGAUCGACCACAAACCCCGUCUUGACGGCUUGGACCGAGGACAUCCGGGACUUUAUCUGUCCUGCUUUGACAUGCUGUUCACCGAGGAUGCUGCCUGGCUGGUGAGGGUGUCGGAUUCGUCCACAUCCACAGGCGUCGGGCCCAGACUGGAGCCGUGUCAGGAGCCGGAGCAGUGUCCGGUGAUCGACAGCCCCGGGCUGGGAGCCUCGCCGCUGUCUCCUACUCUGGAGGAACAGGUGGAGGAGCGAUCAUUAGAACAGGUGCAGAGCCUGGUAGUGGGAGAAGUUCUGAAGGACAUCGAGACCGCUUGCAAACUUCUCAACAUCACACCAGACCCGAUGGAGUGGAAUUGUGGGAACGUUCAGAAGUGGCUGUUGUGGACGGAGCAUCUCUACAGGCUCCCGCAGGUGGGGAAGGCCUUCCAGGACCUGGAUGGCAAAGAUUUAUGCUCCAUGAGCGAGGAAGACUUCCGACAGCGUUCGCCCCAGUGCAGCGAAACUUUACAUGCACAUCUGGAUAUCUGGAAAUCAGCUGCUUGGAUGAAGGAAAGAUGUUCAGGUGGAGAGACCAGGAUGAGAGAAGGUGAAGAGCUGUGGUCUGAAGCGGAUUCGUCUUGUUCUGGUCAGCCGAUACAUCUGUGGCAGUUCCUCAGAGAGCUUCUGCUCAAACCUCACAGUUACGGACGCUGCAUCCGCUGGCUGAAUAAAGAGAAAGGGAUCUUCAAAAUCGAAGAUUCGGCUCACGUGGCGCGUCUCUGGGGUUUGAGGAAGAACCGUCCGGCUAUGAACUAUGACAAACUCAGCCGCUCUAUUCGGCAGUACUAUAAAAAGGGCAUCAUCCGCAAGCCAGAUGUCUCACAAAGACUCGUCUAUCAGUUCGUCCAUCCGGUCUAAGAGCGAUGGUGAACUUGACCUCUGAGAACCGACAAGCCCUCCUGCACAUCUCCUGAGACUACUUCUGGGUUUUGCAUGACAGUGAAACCAAGAAAGGUGCAAGCAAGUUCCAAGACACAAUCGUGCUUGGAAACGUCCGAUGUGUACUUGCACUCUUUUAAAAACUCCUGUGUCUGUUAAAAUGUAGUAUCAGCUUUGCACUGCUACUUUCUGUUACUUUAAGAAAAGCCUGUCAAAUAAAUGAUGAUGUUUAACAGAAGCCCUCUAAGAGAGAUUUAGUAGAUAUUCUUUGAAGUAUGUUACAGGUUACUCGCAUGGUCUGCCUGUCAGCUAACACGCAGCGUGUGAAUCUCUGAGCAAACCUUGGUUUCCCUGCCCAUGAUUUGCAGUGGAAAGACUGGAGUUUGCAUUAAUCUCUGGCUGCCACCCAGCAAACAUCCCCUUUUUUUUCUGGUUUGUGAUUAAUUGCACUGCAAACCUUUCAAGUCCGCCCAUGUGAACUUUCUCCACUUUCUUCAGUAAUCGGCCACCUUUGCACGCACCUCCCUGCUCACGUCACAUUGCACACUGAUGCAAACGAGGGCUUAUAGCAGCCUGUGGAUUUUCAUACACUGCAUUUGUCCUGUGUGUUGUAACGGUUAAUUGACAGGUUUAAGUCCUGAAGUCUGAGUUUAGCAGAGAAAGUCAUUUUUUUAGCCUGAGAGAGGUUUGGUUUCUAUUGUGGCUCUUGUAUUUUUGUAAAUCUCUAUUGUGAAGUCUAAUCUAGAAGAGUCACUGGAUAACAGUUGCUUCCACUAAUGCCGUCAUUACAAAAUAUUAUCUGUAAUUAUACAAUUAUAUUAAAGCUGAGAGGUCAUUUUUCAUGUACAUUCAGUUGUUGUUCCUAAUGCAUUUCUUUAUUAAAUA